AUGAGCGUCACUACCACCGUGGUCAAAGGGCCUUUAAAUCUCGCAAACCCACCCCCACAAAUCUCGGCGAACCGAAUUCUCUCAUGGUACACUAAAUAUGCGGUGGACUACAGCAUCGCCAAAACUACCACAUCCCCGACCCAAUACUAUGCCUCUAACGCCACUCUGGUGAACACUGAUCGGUCUAUUAUUUCUGGGGCCAGAGAGAUCUGGGACUACUACAUCGAUCUCUACGGACAAUUCGAGCGUUGUGCCCAUGACCUAAUCUCAAUCUCUGUCUUGAGUGAUGAAACGGCUGGCAAGCAUACCAUGAUUGUGGAGACUACAAACAACUUGCAUCUGAAGGAUGGAAAGGGAAUAGUACCUCUGCCCCAAGCCUUUGUUUAUGAGAUUGCCAAAUCUGAGGAGGGAAGCGGCACAGAUGGCCUACAAAUCUGGGAAGUGAAAUGUUAUUUUGAUAAGGGUUUGCUGGAGAGGGCGGCGAACAUCUAA